CGACGACCACGUUUGCAACUGGACGAGACGACCAACCACCUCGUGCUUUGUCCUCUGGUCUUCAGCUCUGCCUCUGUUCUAGUCUCUUCUGCAUCUACCUGCAUCGUUAUCCAGCCGCUUUAUAAACAAGACAAACGGCCUGCCGCUGCAGCAGCCCAGCUAACAAAACGUCCUGGUUGGCGGGAGAACCAGCAGGUCAGUUAGAGACACACACACAGAGAGAGUUAACCGCCGCCUGUUUGACCUCUCGGGCCCCUGCCCCUUGCGCUGGCCUGCUUACCCGUUAAGCGUCGCUUGUUGCUCUGAUUUGGCCCCAGCCGAGCCCGGCCCAGCCUUUGAAACAAAUCAAUCAACCAGUCCAUCAAUCAAUCAAUCACUCAAUUACUCAUUCACUCACUCGCUCCUCGCCCUCGCUCCUCGACGUCGAACUCUCUCGCACCAAACCGUCCAUCACACACACGUGCAAACACGCGCACACACAAACGGUGACGGAAAGCGGCCGCUCUCUCUGCCAACCCCUUCCCUCCCUCACUGGCGAGACCAGACAGACAGAUAUUCUUGUUUAUUAGCCCCAGCAGCACGGCUUCAACCCGCCAGCCAGCCUCGCUCCAGUCCACGACUGACUGACUGCUCCACCUCAGUGCAGCUCGGCCCAGCAAGCACCACGUACCGAGUACGUACGCUGCAUGUCUCGAUAUCCCCCAUAAUAAUAAUAAGUCAGCCUGUCGUCAGUCUGCUAGCCUGGCAGGCCCUGCACAUACCCAACCCACGCCCUGUCCCUGAGCCACCAGGUCCAAGAUCCCAGGUCCCAGGUCCAGGUCCACCAAGGACUCUUGCCGAACCGCCCCCCUGCGACACCACCGGCUGGAGCCCCUCCUAAACUAAACCACACCCUCUCCUCCCUCUACCACUUUCACCCACUCCCGCAACUCCAGGUGUGCUGGCCUCCCUCAAUGGUGCCACUGUUUCCGGUCGAUUGAUCACCGACGCUCUUGCCAACCACUCGAGCCCACAGAACAGGCUCCAAACGGCGCAGCACAUACUCUUCUCACCCACACUCCUAUACUCCCAGUCCUGCCCUGCCCUCUUUGCUCACCGAUUGGGCAGCCCUGCCCGCCACCCAGAGCCCCCAGUCAGGACCGAGUCUCGCCUUGUUUCGUCCUAAUUGCUGCGGCCAGCGGCCAACACCAUCGCCUGUGCCGACCAGACCUCACUUCCUCAUCCUCCAGGUCUCGUCACUCCACAGCACAAAAUGGCCACUCAGAACGGGAGCAUGUACACGUCGGGUCAGUUUAUGAACCCUGGCCCAGCACCACGACCACCCGUCAGCCAGCAGCCUCGUGCCAACCCGACGACACCCCAGAACCUGCCAGGAAGCAUGGCUCAGAUGUCGCUGUCCCCAAUCCCACGGAACCCCUCGCAGUACAGCGGCUCCACGAUAUCCUUACCCCUGGGCCGCCAAGGGGGCAACUCUGAUGGCAUGGGUGGCGUCGCCGUCAUCAAGGAGGGUUGGGCGCAGGUCAAGGAGGGCAAGAACUUCAUCCAGCCAUGGAAACAGAAGUUCCUCGUCCUGCGCAAGGAGGCGCUCGACUUCCACAAGCAGGAGGGCAGCAAGGUUGCCUACACCUUGUUCCUGAAGGACGUCAUCAACGUCGGUCGCGUCGAGGCCGCCGGUACCAUAUUCGAGGUCAAACGACAGUCAAACGGGUCCUCGACGAGCCCCGGAGAUGACGACGGUACAACCAAGACCCUCCAGAUCCGGGUCAAGAGCGACGAUGACCUCUACGAGUGGAUAGAUUUCAUCUAUGCGCGGUGCCCAGGGAUGGGUGGCGUCAGCAACCCUACCAACUUCUCCCAUGCCGUGCACGUUGGCUUCGACCCGCAGACCGGCGAGUUCGUUGGUCUGCCCCCAGAGUGGUCGAAGCUGCUGAACUCGUCCGCCAUCACCAAGGAGGACUACGAGCGGAACCCCCAGGCCGUCUUCGAAGUCCUCGACUUCUAUUCCGACCUCACCAAGCGGGCCGAGAACCCCAACCAGUAUCCUAGCCUGACCCCUACCCCCCCAGCCAGCAGCAUGCAGAACAAGCAGCUUGGCUACGGUGCUGGCUCGUCCAUCGCCCCCCCAAGGCAGGCGCCUCAGCCUCAGCAGCAGCGACCAGCCUACCAGACGACUCCUUCUCAGUCCAGCGUCAACCAGCAGCCCCAAAGACCAUCCCCCACCGACCAGCGGCCACCGAUGCAAGGGUCUCCAUCAGGCUACGGCGCGGACAGCAGGGCUACUCAGGAUGCGGACCGGCAAUACGAGGACCGAGUACUGCGGGAGCCCCCGCAGAUGCGGAACCAGGACUACGCCGACAUCCCCCCGAAGAAAUCGAUCGCGGAACAGGAGCUUGGUGGCUACGGCUCACAAGACCGUUACAACCCCAGCCGGCCUGCGCCUUCCGCACCAAAGGCCCAGCAAAACCCAGCAGCCCUGCGUGCACAGAGACCAGCCCCCGCCCCCCCAUCCGGUGCCUCCAGCGCCCAGCGGCCGCCCAUCCAGACCCAGCAGAGCUCGUCCUCCAUCCAGGCCCAGCAGCAGCAGCGGGCCCAACGUCAAGACCAGCAGUCUCCCCAGUCCCCGGCAGCGACCCGAUACCCCAACGGCAUCGGUGCUUCGUCACAGCCCCGUUCAAAUGGUGCCCAGAACCAGCCGCCGUCGCGCUUGCCAGCGCCCGUUAAGCCUCAGCCUCUCAACGUUGGAAACAAGAACAACAACGCCCAGAGCGAUGCUGUCAAGGCCGCCGAGGCCGCACUUUCGGCCAAGCCUACGCCACAGGAGGAGAAGAAGAAGCAAGAAGUGCGCAUGUCCACCAUGUCGGAGAGCGAGGUCAUGCAAAAGCUCAAGGAGGCGGUCUCAAAGGAGGACCCCAACUUGUCCUACUCAAAGCAGAAGAAGAUUGGCCAGGGUGCUUCUGGCUCCGUGUACGUUGCCAAGGUUAAGGAGACGGCCAGCUCGGCCAUCGCCCGCGAUCUGCUGCGCGCCCAGGGAGCCCGUGCCCAGGUUGCCAUCAAGCAGAUGGAUCUCGCUCACCAGCCCCGCAAGGAGCUGAUCGUCAACGAGAUCAUGGUCAUGAAGGACAGCAGGCACAAGAACAUUGUCAACUUCCUGGAUGCCUUCCUGCGCAACAACAACGCUGAGUUGUGGGUGGUAAUGGAGUACAUGGAGGGUGGUGCACUGACUGAUGUGAUCGACAAUAACCCUGUCAUCACGGAGGAUCAGAUCUCGACAAUUUGCCUCGAGACUUGCCAAGGAUUGCAACAUCUCCACUCCCAGAACAUCAUCCACCGUGACAUCAAGAGCGACAACGUUCUCCUGGAUGCCCGCGGUAAUGUCAAGAUUACCGACUUCGGUUUCUGCGCCAAGCUCACCGAGACCAAGUCCAAGCGAGCCACCAUGGUUGGCACACCAUACUGGAUGGCACCCGAGGUUGUGAAGCAAAAGGAAUACGGCCCCAAGGUCGACAUCUGGUCGCUCGGUAUCAUGGCGAUCGAGAUGAUCGAGUCGGAGCCACCAUACCUGAACGAGGAGCCCCUGAAGGCGCUGUACCUUAUCGCGACGAACGGAACGCCCCGCCUCAAGAAGCCAGAGAAGCUCAGCAAGGAGCUCAAGGCCUUCUUGUCCGUGUGCUUGUGCGUGGAUGUCAAGUCCCGGGCGUCCGCGAGGGAACUGCUGGAGCACGACUUCCUGAAGCACGGGUGCGCGAUGAGCAGCCUGGCCGAGCUGCUUGCCUUCAAGAGAAACGCCAAAUAAGCAAUGGAGUCAUGAAGCCGCCUGAGGGACAGGUUGCUCCCUUAAAGCGGGGAGAUAAUGGAAGGGGCGGAGGCGGGACUGGGGUAGGUGCUGUGAUAUACGCAUGCCCUCUGCCGCCAAAAGGAGGCCGGAGGGGGACACGGGUUUCUAGAGGUGACGACGCGGCAUCAGGGGGCCGCAUUUUGUACUGCGCAUUUGUCUUGGGCCAGUGUUUGGAUCUGACGAUUACGUUCCCUCCUUGCAUGGGGGACAAAAGUUGGCUGCGCGUUGUAUCGGGAAGGCGUUCUUGUUGUUGCGACCCACUCGUGCAUUAUACCUUUCGCGGGCGUCAAUCUCAUCACAUCAUACGGUGUUGUAUCGAAAUGGGGGCAGGGGCGCGGUCUUUAAAUGAGAGAGACGGUGGGCUGCGAGUGCCUCAAGCACACAGUUCCAGGCGGGAGGAAGGCUUUGCGUCCCAGAUACAAGCAAGACAGCCAAUCAAUCAAUUAGACUAUUUGACACUA